UGGGAAGGAAUACAACAUUUAUGACCUCAUCCAUCUAAAGCCGCCCCGGGAAAUGGCUCCGAACUCCUGGUUUGGAACUGCCAUGAAAGCUCCGGGAGUUCUCAACCCCGUCCGAGCGUUCUUGAACCUCACACCAGCCUCGUCGACGGGCAGAUGAUCCUCUCCAACGACUACUAGGAUGUAGGGAAAUGUCCGAGACUCGAAAGCUCCUUGAAUUCGCUCAACGAGGACCCUCGCGGGGCUUCCUUUUGCGCGCUGUUCAAAACUGCGGAGGCAAAAAUAAAGUAUAUCUGGGUUUUGUGGUUUUUUUUUUUGUUUUUUUUUUGGCAAACGCCAGGAUUUCUGGGCCCUCUGCAGCAAAAGCUCUAGUACCGUUCUCUGCUACCAGGCCCCUCUGUUCCCAGGAACCUCAGGCUGAUGCCCAUCUCAGCUCGUCCACGCUUGCAAUGGGAUGAUACUCUGAAUCCCUUGAGGAUUAGUGUGGGCAGUCUUCCAGUGCUGGCGUCCAUGACCAAAACAGCUGACCCCCGUUUCCGCCUGCGUUGGAAGGCCAUUGUGGUGACCACUCUGGCCCUUGUCCUGGUGUUGCUUCUCCUUUGUUUCCAGCGUUCAUCCCCUGCAAACAGGCCAGUCCCUCUCAAUGCUCAUAACUGGAGGCUUAAUGUUCUAUCCAGUGAGAGGUAUAAUGACACUUACCCACUGUCACCACCUCAGCGAAUCCCAGAAGGUGUGCGGUACCGUAUUGGACUCAUUGCUGAUCUUGACACAAACUCCAAGGGUCCCAGUGAGCAUACCUGGUUCAGCUACUUGAAGAAGGGUUAUCUCACAUUGUCAGCCAGUGGGGACCAUGUCUCUGUUGAGUGGGAUACAAAGGACCAUAUAUUGGAAUCUCACCUAGCGGAAAAAGGACGUGGCAUGGAGCUUUCUGAAUUGGUAGUCUUUAAUGGUAAACUCUAUGCCGUGGAUGAUCGAACGGGUGUGGUCUACCAGAUUGAUGACACCAGGGUAGUACCUUGGGUGAUAUUAUCUGAUGGAGAUGGCACAAUUGACAAAGGAUUUAAGGCAGAAUGGUUGGCAGUGAAGGAUGAGCACCUCUAUGUGGGAGGCUUGGGCAAGGAUUGGACCACAACUACAGGAGAGGUGCUCAAUCAAAAUCCAGAAUGGGUGAAAGUCAUCGGUUACAAAGGUGACGUGGCUCAUGAGAACUGGGUCAUCAAUUACAAUGCACUCCGGACUGCAGCUGGGAUCAAAUCUCCAGGUUACUUGAUCCAUGAGUCUGCCUCUUGGAGUGAGAGACUGCAGCGUUGGUUCUUUCUACCACGCCGUGCCAGCCAUGGACGCUACAAUGAGCAGGAGGAUGAGCAUCGUGGCACCAACUUGCUUCUUAGUUCCACACCAGACUUCACUGAUAUCUCUGUGAGCCGUAUUGGUGAUGUCAUUCCCACCCAUGGCUUCUCCUCCUUCAAGUUUGUCCCUGACACUGAUGAUCAGAUAAUUGUGGCAUUAAAAUCUGAAGAGGAUGCUGGACAUGUGGCAACCUAUAUUACUGCCUUCACACUGGAUGGACGUUGCCUGUUACCUGAAACUCGCAUUGGUUCCGUCAAAUAUGAGGGCAUUGAGUUUAUCUAAUUAAAAGAUUUUAUCUAAUUAAAAGAAGUCAUGCUUUUAAGGAGGUCAGAUGAACUGCUGAGAGGGGACAGAAGUUCUAUUCCUGUUUAUUACUCUAACUCUGCUUUUGCUGCAGAGCAUUAUGGGAUAUUGAAGUGCUUCUCUUGGCAUAGUUUUCACCUCUGUAAAAACUACUUGGCAAUUGUAGCUUGUUUCUGUGUUGCCCUCUAGUGGUACAAAGCCCAUACAACCUCCCCCCCCCAUUUUAUUACAUUCUAGGAUUUAGCCCUCCUUAAUCAGGCUAUUAAUUUGGCAGAGCAAACCUAAUGAAUUGCCUUAUUCCUCCCUCCUGUCUAUUCACAUGUGCCUUUGCUGAAAUGUGAAAGUCUUCAAAACCAGUUAUUCAGCAAAGAUAUUAGUCAAACAUUUGGAAGGUUUCCCUUGUCUCUGGCUAUCCCUGCAAGUCAUUUUAAUCUUGUCUGCACAGGUACCUCUUUUUGUUAGGGAAUUAUAGGUGGGACUUUGGCCUCUAAUCAAGAAACUUUUGUGAUAACAGCAGAAAAGGAGCUGAUGCCAUAACCUGGAACUUUCUGGAACAAAAGGCUCAUACUCUGUUUUGAGAGGUUCUGUUCUGCCUUUGUCUCUACAGGCAGAGUUUCCUUUAGGUAAUCUUAAUAUUGAGAAAUCAAGCUUAAUAUUGGUAAGAAACCUAAAAGAUAUAUAUGUGUCAUAGUUUUCCGUGAUCCUUCAUUUAAAAAUAAAUAAAUUGUUUUCGGUGUUAGGAAACAAGAUCUUAAGAAAAUAUUGUAGCUGGAAUCAGGUUCUAAAGUUAUUCCAGCUGCAGAAUUUUAAGUAUUCAUCGUUCCUAUUUUAUGUGUAAUAAAAUGGGCAAGUGAGCUUACUUUGCUUCCAUGUCUCUCUCAUUGUUGGACAUUUUCUGGAAGUUUUAUUUCAAUCCUAGCACUGUGUCUUAUUUUUCAAAUAAAUUAUCAACAGCUUUAAUAUUUUGAAAGUUACCUGAACUUACCUAUGCUUUAUCUAUACUUACCUAUACUUUUAAACCCGUUUUUACCUUUUUACCUAUUACCUGAAAUGAAACAAAAAUGUGUUGACCAUCAUAAUGUGCCAGCUUUUAAAAAUAUAUGUUUAAGAAACACAAAUAUUAAGGACCACUUUUGUAGGGAGAUGAGCUACAGAAACUCCAAAGAAAUGUAAUGGUUUUUUGGAUAUGCCAAAAUGUAUACAGUUGAAGACUGUGCCAUAAAUGUUUGUGAAUAUAAAGGAAUGUGCUUUAUACCAAACCAUUGUGCUCAUCGUGCUCAAUAUUCCCUAUUCUAACUGGUAAUUCCCUUUAGAGACUGACGCUAAGCUAAUUUGCAUGCAAAAUAUGCACCCUUACCAUUGAACGGCAGAAAAAUGCUCUUUCACCGAGCAUCAUAUAAAAUUGGAUGCAGUUCUAAUGGGGGAUUUACGUAAAUGUUCCCCAAACACUUCCACCCAAUACUUUUGGUUUGUAUCUUAGAGCAUAAACCAUAAAGUGAUGUAUACGUAAGAAGGGUGGGAUAGAAAUAAUGAUGUAUUUUGAAUAUUGUAUGAAAUUCAGAAAGGCUGAUCACUAGAUGGCGCUACUGUACUUAUUUGUGACAUAGCCAUGACACACUGUAAAGAGCUAUUGUCAGCUUCCCUUGGAAGGAUCAGAACACACUGGGGGCGUGGCUAGCAUUUACAUCAAACGUAUUAAGUCCAAUCAGUAUUUGUGUGUGUUGGCAUUUGCUGUUAGAUAUAUUUAAGAUUUAGAUCAUAAAUGUAAGAGUCCAAAACAUAAAAAAUAAUAAAUGAGUUUGGACACACAAAGCCAAAUUUUGAUAACUGCCUCCCAUUUUGUACUGAGAAUAUUGCCUAUAAAGUUGAUUUGGUUUUUGUAAUCUGCUAAUAAGAGUUAAAUUGGUUAAAAUGAUUACUUAGUAACAAUGUAAGGAUUUCUUUCCCCUGGAGGCCGCCCAGGUAUAAUAUUUAAAUAAGAGCUCAUUAGCAUCACUUUAGUUCUUUGUGUGCUAUGUCUUUGUUAUUAAAAGGUUGAUAAUAAGAAGCAAAAAUAAUGAUUUUAAUUUUAGUUAGUAGGAACUGUCUUUUGAGCAAAAUGCCAGAAUUCUGGAAAAACGCAAAUAGAUUCCUGAUUUCUAAGAGAAGGAGAAAAGAUUUCAUUCUUUUUCAAACACUUCACAAAGGACCCUACAUAUUAGUUAAUUUAAAACUCCGGCAUAAAUACUGUUCAAUUGUUAAACACCCUUACCUCUGUGCAAAUCAAAGCCUAAUUUGGAUAUAAUUUCUUUUCCUUUGAGGCUGUCUGCCUCUUUGUCCCAUGGAUGUUUGACUUCUGUUGAAUCAGCCAGCCCAAACACAGCUAAUCUACAAGACAGACUUCUGAUCAAGCUCUGGAGCCAUUGAUUAAUCCCAUCCUUGUAUGUCCAAAAUUAUAUUUUAUGUGAUUUUGUUCAAAAAAUGUAAAUUUAAGUUCAGAUUUAUUUAAAGAAGUUCAGAAUUCAGCACUCCAAUUUUUCACAUGGCUCUACUGUCUUUGUAUGAACUGCUUAGCAGGUUGUUCCCUCCUAUGAUCUCUCUGGUUCCCUCUAAAUUUAUUAAACUGUCUCCCAUGAGCUUUAGAUGGCAUGACUAAUGGUAGUGUUGUCUUGGAAGUCAUUUACAAUAGCUGGGACAAGUUUGGGAAAAACUACUCCCAAUUGUGUACCAGCAUUUUCCUCUCUGUAAAUAACCUUAUAUCUCCAGAUAUAUCCUCGUGUUCUCUCUGGAAGUUUUGUUUUAAAAGAUGAUUGUUUUAAAAAAAGAUAGAAGUAGAGAAUAACCAAAUGUCCUAAGAGAGAGAUUCUUUUAAAGGUUUGUUAAUUAGAUUUAUUGCAAGGGAAAAGAUUACAAUGCAGAUUCUUGUGAACAGGAUAUGUAUAUACUUUGGCCCUGCCUUUUACAAGUAGUUUUUGACUUAACAACAGUUCAUUUAGUGACCAUUCAAAAUUACAACUGCACUGAAAAAUGGACUUAUGACCAUUUUUC